AUGUGUGGUGUAGAAGAAAGUUGUGGAGAAAGCAAGGGUUCAAAUGUUGUUAUGGAGGUGAUUUCAAUGUCAGAAUUUCACAUUCCUCAGCCGUUGAUGGAGAUCAUCGUAAGCAAGGUUGGUGAAGAUGGUGUUGAUGCGUUGAAGAACUUCUUGCUGACUGGGAGAGAGGGGAGAGUUGCGGUGUGCAAUGGUAAACGCAAUGGUGGUUUCCUCGACUUGAAUGAAAUAAAAGUGUGCAUGGUUCAGCCACCUUAUCAGCCGGACAGAGUUGGUAGGCCAAGGUACCGUAGAUGUAAGAAGAUUGGGCACAUGUUGAGCACUUGUACGGAGUAA